CUGGGGCUCUUACAUCUCCUUGUCCCAUCUUCCCCUUCGCGACCUUCUCCUCCCUCCUCUGCUCUCGUCUUCGAUCACGAACCCUAGUAAGCCUCGAUUCCGAGGAACCUAACUGUUCUCCCCUCCCGCGAUCUCCUCGGAUUCUCGGCCUCCGGCUGUGCAAAAUCUUGGCAUUCAACUCGAUCCCUGUUGGCGCUUUCUUCCAUUCAUUCGCACGUCGAGCCCUAACCCUAGCCUAGCCAUCCAUCCGCCUCCUUAGUCCUCAGGCGAGCUCAUUCUUCCCCAAUUACCUCUUUCUGAUUCUUCUACAUUUUACUAUUUAAGUUCCGUGCUCCGGCCGACGUCAGAGAACGCUGUUUUGUUCCCUCCCUUCAGCAAGGGAGCACGACCUUUGCCUGCCACGCUGGUUUGGGCCAUUCCUUUCGAUUGAAUUGAAGUGAUCCUGGCGCGGAAAACGACUUCCAGCUCUUAAAUUUUCCUGCAAAGGAGUAGAAAUGUGUAGACCAGAGAUUGAACAAUUGGUUUAGUGAUGAUUUAGCAUCAAAUACAAGUAUGGGCAUAGCCCAGUGUUUUCUCUUCCAGUAGCUUAAAGAACAGCCCAUGGGAGGCGUUGUAGAGUGUGCAUUUGGUGUAGACACCAAACUCUCACCAGGUCGUGCAGAAAUUGAGAGGGCUCAGGCUGAGCUACAACACGAAUUUGAGAUUCAGGAAGCGCGAAGAAGGGAGCUGGAAUUUCUUGAGAAAGGUGGAAAUCCCUUGGAUUUUAAAUUUGGUCAUGGAGCUUCUGCCAGUGUACAAUCUACUUCUUUUACAGAUCAACAUGCUGAGCCAUAUGUAACCAGUGAAGCUAAAGGUAGCUUCACAUUGGAUGCUUCACCACAUGGAGAUUCAGUUGAAAGCAGUGGGAAACCUGGUGGUUCCAUGAGUCGUGAAACUAAUAUUGGAGAUAAUUUGUUGCUUUUUAAAUGGGAAAACAUCAAAGUUCAUGGAGAGAGAUAUGCGAAACAUAGAGGUAAAAGAGGUAGUGUUGCUCUGUUGGAACAAUCAUCUCAAGUUGGUGUAAAUCACAAUAUGAAAGAAACAGAUGACUCUGUUAUCUUUCGCCCUGGGGCUAAUGGACAAGCAUAUGCACGGCGUAAUAGAUCGAGAACAACUCGUGAUUCUGGUAAUCUAAGUUUGACUGAUUCUGCUUCCCGUCAUGGCAACAAAGCUUCUGUUGCAUCGUCGAAUGCGCCUACUCCUAAGGAUAUAAAAGCCCAAGAUAGUUCUUUCUCAUCCAUUUCAAGCGCAAAGGAAGAAAAUCAAAAUUGCAUUAUUAAUGUUUUAGUGGCAGAUGAUCAAGUGGAUAUCCCUUUAGAUAUGGAGAAGAAUAAUAACACAAGCACUAACAUGACUGUAGACGAAAUGCCUGAGGAAGUGAAAGAAAUCAAGAUUACUGAAAUUAGGCAGUUAGGUGACUCCUGUAUUAAACAUUCAUCUAUUCCUGAAAAAGCUUUUAAAGAAACCUCCUCUCAGUCUUUUGCUAUUAUAGGAAAGGAUGGUCUUCUUCCAGUUAGUUUGCCUUCUACCCCAUUGGACUCUAAGGACUCGUGUGAUGUUGGAAAACUCAAUGGAUAUGAUGAAACUAAGCCCAGUUUCAAUGAGGAUGAUAUAAAAAUUAAGAAUUUUGCUGAAGGCCCAACUAGCAAAAACUUACAUUCAGAUACUAGGGACAAAAAUACUAAUGCAAAUGGUGCUGUUAACAGUGAACAUCCUGAUGAUGAUCAGUCCUUGAUGCUAAGGUCCACAAAUGGUAGAUCAGGUGGAGAUGUUAGGGAGCAGAUAACCGCUGAACAGUCUCUGCUAGAUACCAGCACUUUGAAAGAAAACAACGAGGCAUUCAAUUCUGAUGCCUCCAUUAAUGCUAAUAACAAAUCUAGGCCACUUCAUCAAGACCUUAGUGACUUAGUUGUCUGGAUGAAAGAUAGUGUUUCUGAUGGUAAAACUGUGAUUGUAAGUGAAGUCACUCCUGCUACCAACUCAGAACCUGAGAAACUGAAUGAUGAAAUCAUAUGUGAGUCAGAAAUAAAAGUGGAUAAUUCUUUAAGUCAACCAAGUUCUAUUCAAAAAGCAGGUACAUGCUUGUUACUUUCCUCUGCUUCUGAAUAUGCAAAGGUCAUCCACAACAACAAAGGCUCCUUGUUGAUCACUGUCCUUCAAACUUCCACUGCAGAUCAAAAAAAGGCACAUGAAGAUGCUAUACUAAAAGAAGCACAAUUAAUAGAGGCAAGGCUUAAAAAGGCUGGAGAACUAUCCGUUAGUAGUAUGUAUCUUGAGAAGCAUCAUAAAUGUCACUGGGAUUUUGUGCUUGAAGAAAUGGCAUGGAUGGCAAAUGAUUUUAUGCAGGAGCGAUUAUGGAAGACUACAGUUGCUUCUCGAAUUUCUAGAUUAAUUGCUUCUUGUGGUCAAGCGAAGUUCAGACAGGAAAACUUAAUGUGCAAGCAAAAAAGUACUGCUAGAAGUUUGGCUAAGUCUGUUAUCAAUUUUUGGCAUACAGCUAAGCUUAUUUGUAAUGACAAGACAACUAAUGGAAAAGAGUUCAAAUCAGAUAGUAUUAGGGCAUCAGAUGCCAACGAGGCUAAAGUGAAGAGAGAGCAGGUUCAAGAUUCUGUCAUGGAUUAUGCAGUUAGGUUCCUGAAACAUAAUGGCGACACAUCAUGUCACUCUACCUUGGUAGAAGCACCUACAACUCCUGACUGCCAAAAUGGUCCAGGCAUUUUGGUAAUACCUUCAGAAGGCAAACUUUUUGAAGAAUUUUUUUUCUAUGAAGUUCCUCACGGUGCGAUGCAAGCAUACAGAGAAGCCAUGGAAACCCAAUGGAUGCAUUACAAACAACUUGCUAAUUCUGUGCAUCAGGAAGAGUGUGAGACAUCUCUUUGUAAUUCAAUUGCAGGUGAACAUGGAGAGGAUGCAUAUGAAGAAGAGGAAGGUGAAACUGGCACUUAUCUUCUGCCUGUAAAAUUUGAAGGUGGCCUGUCAUCAAGGCUUGCUCACAAGAACAGAAAGCAUACGAGGCAAAAAUCCAGUGCCAUGAGACAUAAUGGAGAUGGUGCUUAUUUUUCUUAUGAACCUUGCUCAGAACGCAAAUCGGGAAAUCAACCUUUUAUAUCGACCGGGAAAAGAAAUUCAAGUACCUUUCAUGUGGGUUCAUUUCCAACAAAACGUGUGAGGACAGCUAGUAGACAGCGAUUUGUCAGUCCUUAUCCUUCUGGAGCUCUUGUGCCAUUGCAAAUGACUAGUAAAACUGAUGCAUCAAGUGAAGACACAAGUUCUUUCCUAGAUGAUCAGAGUUCAUUACAUGGUGGACCUAUGGCCAGGAAAAACAUGGGAGUUGAAACUAUUGCAGACUUUGACAGGCAGUUGCCAUUUGAUGGUGAAAUUUCAUCAAAAUCUAAGAAAAAGAAGAAGAAACCGAAGCAUUUAGGAUAUAAGAAUUCGCUAAAUAUGGGUGAACCUGGUCUUUUGGUUCUUCCUGAAAAGCAUGGUUCAAUUCGGUCGUCAUAUGAGCAAAGGUUGCAAACUGACUCUACAAUUCAGCGUGAACAGAAUUCUAAAAGGAGAAUGGAAUCUCAAAAUUUUGAUUCAAAUGUAAACACAGUUUUUGGGCAACAUGCUGCCAAGAAGCCCAAAGUAUUGAAGCAAAUGAUUGAGGGAUCUCCUGAUGGCCUUAUCCCUUUUGCUGGGUCAUUGCCUUCACCGGUAGCUUCCCAGAUGAGUAAUAUGUCCAACUCAAAUAAGCUUCUCAAAAUCAUAGCUAGCAGGGAUCGUGCCAGAAAGUGUACCACAUUAAAGAUGGCUGCUGGACAAUCUGGACCUGGAAGUCCAUGGUCAAAUUUUGAGGAUCAGGCACUUGUUGUCCUUGUCCAUGAUUUGGGUCCAAAUUGGGAGCUAGUCAGUGAUGCAAUGAACAGCACGCUCCAGUUCAAGUGUAUAUUCCGGAAACCCAAAGAAUGCAAAGAACGACACAAAUUUUUGAUGGACAAAAGUGCAGGUGAUGGAGCUGAUUCUGCAGAAGAUUCUGGCUCAUCACAACCUUAUCCAUCCACUCUGCCAGGCAUUCCAAAGGGAAGUGCACGGCAAUUGUUUCAGCGUCUUCAGGGACCAAGGGAAGAGGAUAUAUUGAAGACACAUUUUGAGAAGAUUAUUUCACAUAGGCAGAAGCUUUCUUCCUGUAGUCGCCAGAUUGGUAAUCAGGAACCAAAACAAAUUACAACAGCUCAUAGUUCUCAUGUAGUUGCUCUUUCCCAAGUAUGCCCAAACAACUGGAAUGGAGGGAUCUUGACGCCACUUGAUUUCUGUGAAUCAAUGUCUUCAAGCCCAGAUGUCUAUUCACUUGCAUAUCAGGGGCCUCACACUGGUAGCUUAGCAGUCCCAAGCCAUCAGGGUCCUGUUACUUCUGCCCUUGCCACAUCGAGUUCUACAAUGUUACAAGGGUCUACUGGUCUUGUCCUAAGUAGUAGCUUACCUUUAACAUCUGGUCCGUUGAAUCCCUCUUCUAGGGAACCCCAGAGGUUUGGUGUGCCAAGACCAUCUGCAGUUUCUGUUGAUGAUCCACAAAGAAUGCAGCAAUAUAGCCAAAUGAUUCCAGGAAGAAAUCAUCAGCAACCGAAUGUGUUACCUGGGACUUUACCAAUGGGAGCUGACCGUGGUGUUCGAAUGUUGCCUGUUCCUGGUGGUAUGGGGCUGAUGUCUGGGAGAGGAAUUCCAAUGCCAAGGCCAACAUUUCAAGGAAUAAGUUCCCCUGCCAUGUUGAACAUGGUCACGAGUGGAAACAUGGUUUCAAGUGGUUCACAUGGAAUUCAAAACCCAGUCAAUGUUCAUCCAAGUGCUGUAUCUAGCCAAGGAAACUCAACGAUGCGGCCACGGGAUCCCUUGCAAAUGAUACGGCCCGGUCAAAGUCCUGAUGAACACAGACAGAUGAUGAUGCAAGAAAUGCAGAUGCAAUCCUCACAGACAAAUGGGCAGCCUGUAUCUCCUUUCAAUGGUAUUAGUGCCUCCUUCCCUAAUGCAACGACAGUUCCUGCAUCAGCUCAAACAUUUCCAGUUCAGCAACACCAACAACCUCAUCAAAUGAUGCAGCAACAACCCCACAUACUUGGUAACUCUCACCCUCACAUCCAAGGCACAAACCAUUCAAGCUCUCAUCAACAGGCAUAUGCCAUGCGAGCUGCGAAAGAAAGGCAACUGCAUCAACGGAUGAUACCUCAACUGCAACGUCACAUCUCUGGACCAAAUGUAGUACCGCCUACUCAAACUAAUGCGCAAGUCCAAUCUCAGUCACCGUCAUCUUCUCCUGUGCUUCCAGUCUCUUCACAAGGUCAACAGAAACAGCAAAACAUAUCAAGGAACCCAUCAUCUGGAAUGUCAAAUCAGAUAAACCAAAGGCAAAGGCAACAGCUUCAACAAAAUCAGCCAAGACAACAACAACAACAACAACAGCAAAGACAACCCUCACAACAGCAGGCCAAACUUAUGAAAGGGCUAGGCAGAGGAGGCAUGUUAAUUAACCAUAACUUAUCAGCGGAUUCCUCUCAAGUAAGUGGCUUUUCAACAGCUUCAAAGAAUCAACUUUCUGAUAAAAACAUCUUGCAACAAAGCCAAGGUUUUUUCCCUGCUAGCUCAGGUCUGAACCCAACUUCGAACCAACCUGGAAAUCAAGCAAAUAUCUACCUUCAUCCACUUCCACAAUCUACAAAGCAACCAUCACCAGUUUCUGAUACAAGCAAUCAGGGCUCAACUCAAAAUUCACCCAGACAUAGCAUGUUAAUGCCUCAGCAAGCUCCUGUCCCAUCUGUUUCUCUAGUUAAACAACAACAGUCUCAGCAUCGCUACUUGAAUCAAUCUCAACCUGGCAUUCAGAGAAUAUCAGUUCAGCAAAAUCGUCACAUCAACUCUGAUAGGACGACACAUGCAUCAACUGAUCAGGAUUCAGUUGCUCAGGUGGUUACAAGUGCAUCAAUUGCUCAGUGUGCUGAUUCAACUUCUGCUGUGGUUUCAUCAUCAACUCAGUGGAAUCCAGAGCCAUUAUACGAUGAGGAUGCACCUAAUCCAACAAGGUAUGUGGUUAGCUCAGCACAGGAAACUGUUAUGGCGAGUGACACUUUAGUACCUUCUUCAAGUCAGGGUUUAUCACAUCAAUUAUCUGGAGAUAUGUCAGUGCAUGGUAAUAUCAAUGGGGGACAGUGGCAGCAGCAACAGCAGUUGCAGCAGCAACAACUAAAACAUCAAUCUCAGCAGCAGCAUGAGCAACAGCUUUCUCGGAAUUCAGAUUUGGGAGCUGGGUGAUUGAGUAUUAGUACUUGGACCAUCCCUUCCAAGACAGUCUCCAACUCUUAUGUAGCACUAGUGUACAGAUUUGCAGGUAGUGAAGGAUGAGGAACGCUGCCUAUGCUCUUUCAUUCUUAUUUGGUGCUCAGUUUAUCAAGGGACAGGCACAAUUUGCGCAUUGCGUUCUCAAAUGUAGGCUUCACACACCAACUCGAUCAAAAUACUCUAGCAUGCAGGACAGAAAUGUCUGUCAUUGUAAGCCAAAAUGCUUUUGUAGUUAUGCAUUGUAAUUGGGCAUUCAAUUAAAUUUUGUGCCCAUCACAUUCUUGUCCGUGUAGUACAGUUGGUGGACCUGCUUAGUGAGUGCAAAUGAAAAUUUGUAUAGAAGUUCUUGUUCCUUUUUUGGCCGAAAUAUCUAGUAAUACAAGUUGGUUAAUAAAAA